AUCAAAAUGGUUCCUCUUGCAUCGACUGAGCUCUCUGAAAGAAACGAUUUCAAUUUUUCCUAUGAUGACGACUAUGAGAGUGAAGUCUGUGAGAAAGGCGGGGUGGUUAAAUUUGGAUCGUUUGUCACUCCUGUCUUCUUCUCAGUCGUGAUCACACUGAGUGUUACAGGAAACGUCCUUGUCCUUGUGAUCUUGGCUUUGUAUGAAAGCCUUAAAUCUUUAACCAACAUCUUCAUCCUCAACUUGGCGAUCUCUGACCUGGUUUUCACCCUAGGCCUGCCCUUCUGGGCCUACUACCACGUUUGGGGGUGGCAGCUUCCGGAGAUUCUCUGCAAGAUUGUAAAUUUUGUUUUUUACACUGGAUUCUACAGCAGCAUCCUGUGCCUGACCGCCAUGACCAUUUACAGGUACAUGGUUGUGGUCUGUACGCUCUCUGACCGAUGCCGUCCGAAACUCAGCACUGGGAUUUUUCUGUCUUUUCUGAUGUGGACCAUCAGCGUUGGUGGGGCCAUGCCCUCUCUGCUCCAUACCUCCAUCAUCAAAAUCCACCACAAGGAUAGAGAAUCUUGGGGCUGUGAAUACAGCUCCGAAUGGUGGAAGCACAUGUCUACCUACCAACAAAACCUCUUCUUCCUGUUCGCCUUUGCAGUGAUGGCAGUCUGCUACAUUCAGAUCUUACAGAAAGUCAGAAGAACGAGAUCUCGCACAAAGAGCCGAGCGGUCAAGUUGGUGUUCUGCAUCGUGACGGUGUUCUUCGUGGGCUGGAUGCCCUAUAACAUGGUCAUCUUUUUAAGAGCUUUGUUUCCUUCUUUAGGGUUUGAGGACUGUGAACAAAGUAACCACCUCGACUACGCAUUCUUCGUGUGCCGGCUCAUCGCCUUCUCUCACUGCUGCCUGAACCCGGUCUUUUAUGCGUUUGUUGGGGUCAAAUUUCGGAGGCAUUUGAAGUCAAUGCUGCAGGCGGGGCUCAAGAGGGAGCGUCCGGUUGAAGAACAGCAAGUUAAAAUCCAAAACUUCAUCACGCAAGCUUCCACUUACUGAAGUCCUUCUUUUGUCUCUGUAAUUUGCCGUCACUUCCUGAAAUGUAACAGACAUCUCCCACAGUAAAGUCUAUAUUCUAGUGGAAACAGAAAGUGCUUCUUAUCGAAUCAUUUUUUUAAAAACUGCUUCAAAUUUUUUCGUUUUGACUUCGGAUAUUGACAGAAGAAACUUAUUGUAGAAUACCGUUGUUUUGGUAAAACUGUCUUUGUUUGAGAUAUGUUAGAAAAUAGAUUUUAAUUUAAAUAAAAAUAAUCUGUUUACAUGAUUAAAUGAAAAAUAUAAACUCAAAUUAGAUUUAACAACAGCCUUUGUAAGGUCAAUUGAUAAAUAAUUUGCUAAAGCAGAUAAUAUGUAAACCUAUUUUUUGGUCCAUUUAUUGUAAAUUACACCUGAACAGACUUUAUGUAUUAAAAAUAUUCACUUUCAAA